ACACGCAUAAAUCUUUCGCCUUUUACUAAAGAUUUCCGUGCAGUGGAACAAUCAAUGAGUCUAAUGACUUAUUUCUGAAGCCUUUCGAAAGAAGGGUAACUAUUACGAUGUGUAUGACGUUAACGACAUAGAUUAACCUAAACUCCGUCUACAUGCGUGUGCAUUAAAAUCCGCUGUUGGCCGAUGCAUAAACUUUAUUAAUCAAGGAGUUCAAAUAUGCGGCCUAGAUGUGUUAUCAGCUUAGUGUCAUCUGCUUAUACUCACACACGGAAAAUUAAUUCUUAUUUCAAGUCCAGUGUACUCAUUUUCACAACAAGGAAUAUGUCUUCUGCCACGAAAUUACCAAAAGUGUUCGUGACCCGGAAAGUUCCCGAGGAUGGGAUCAAAUAUCUUAGGAAUAAAGCUGAGGUAACACAGUGGAAUUCAGAUGACGCUAUUCCACGUGGAGAGCUCAAGGAACGUGUCAGAGGGGUCGAUGGUCUUUUCUGUCUACUAACUGACAAAAUAGAUGCAGAAAUACUUGACUGUGCAGGUCCGAGCCUUAAGGCCGUGAGUACGAUGUCAGUGGGCUAUGACCAUGUAGAUGUAGGAGAGUGCAACAAGCGAGGUAUACCUGUCGGAUUCACACCAAAUGUGCUGACCAAUGCGACUGCCGAGUUGACCGUGACCUUGUUAUUGACAGUAUCCAGAAGAAUCAAGGAGGGUAUUGAGGCGGUGAAGGACGGUAGUUGGGGUACUUGGAAGCCAUUAUGGUUGUGUGGUCAGGGUUUGGAUGGAGCGACCGUCGGUGUAAUAGGUCUCGGAAGAAUUGGGUUUGCCGUUGCACAACGACUGAAACCAUUCGGCGUAGCAAAGAUUCUUUACGCAGACGCAGAGGAAAAGGAAUAUGCGAACCAGCUUCCGGCAGAUUAUGCAAAUUUAGAUAAGCUUUUGGAGGAGUCUGAUUUUGUUCUUGGUUGCUGCGCGCUCACUGAAGAAAAUAUCGGCUUAAUGAAUUCAUCGGCAUUUAAGAAAAUGAAGAAAACUGCUAUUUUUAUUAACACGAGCCGUGGUGGACUAGUAAAUCAGGAUGAUUUAUACCAAGCACUAAUAUCAGGAGAAAUUCUAGGGGCGGGGUUAGACGUGACUACUCCAGAACCACUCCCAACAGAUCACCCGCUACUUUCGUUGGACAACUGUGUAAUAUUACCACAUAUCGCUAGUGCAACAUUGAAGUCGAGGAAUGCAAUGUCAGAACUGUGCGCAACAAAUAUUAUGGAAGCUUUGAAUGGUAAUACUAUGCCAGCCGAGGUGAAAUAGUCUUAAAACCGACUUUGUAGUUUUGUUUGAUAUUAUCUGGAAAAUUCAUUUUUUUAUUUGAGUUAAGGUAUGUUUUCUUUCAUCAUGAAGA